CUCUCUCUCUCUCUCUCUCUCGGUUUUUCCCUCUCACAACGCAGUCACUGCUCAUCGGCAUCGCCAUGUCUCAGGUGGAUAACAGGAAUUCUUCAGCUACCAAGCGUGCUAGGACUGAUGGUAGUCGUAGAGAGGAUGAUUGGACUUGCCCCAGCUGCGGCAAUGUCAAUUUCUCUUUCAGGACAACUUGUAACAUGCGUAACUGUACUCAACCGAGGCCUGCUGAUCAUAAUUCGAAAUCUGCUGCCAAGCCUCUACAAGCUCCACAGGGUUACUCAUCCUCAGCUCCUUAUUUAGGAUCCAAUACUCCCUCCUCAAUAUAUCUUGGAGUCCCACCAUAUGGAUCUUCCCUAUUCAAUGGGUCAUCUAUUCCUCCCUAUGAUGUUCCAUUUUCUGGAGGAUCAGCUUAUCACUACAAUUAUGCAAGUCGCCUUUCUGCUGGCAGUCCUUAUCGGCCAUUGCAUUUAUCUGGGCCAACACCCUACUCAAGCGGAUCCAUGAUGGGAAAUGGUGGAAUAUAUGGCAUGCCACCACUCUUAGACCGAUAUGGACUGGGUAUGCCUAUUGGACCUGGAGCAAUGGGUCCUAGGCCGGGAUUUUUUCCUGAGGACAAGGCUCCAAAAAAGGGUGCAGAUGCAACUCGUGACAACGAUUGGACAUGUCCAAAAUGUGGCAAUGUCAACUUCUCAUUUAGACCUGUAUGCAACAUGAGAAAGUGCAAUACACCGAAGCCUGGAUCCCAGCCCUCGAAGUCGGACAAAAAUUCAAAGCAAAAGAUGCCUGAAGGGAGCUGGAAGUGUGACAAGUGUAACAACAUAAACUAUCCAUUCAGAACCAAGUGCAACAGACAGAAUUGUGGUGCUGACAAGCCAGCUGAAGCAGAGAAAUCAACCUCACCAGCUCCAGAUCAAAACGAUCAGUGAGUUCUAGGACAUAUUUGAGGGUUGAGAAGGUCCAGAGUUGUCAUCAAGCUUUGCCCAAUUUCGGUGUCUGACAGUCAGUCUUGUCGUCCUCUAUUUGAAGCAGUUGUCAAUUCACAUUCACCUUCUCGUUAUGUGUGUCAAGUUGUUGUAUUAACUGAGAUGGUAUUUUGGUCUUGGAUUGUUGUGAUGCAUGUGUCAGCCAGCUUUCCUGGCAAGAUUUUAAAAGUCGGUUCUGGAAUUUCACAGAUAGGUUUCCUAUACUCUUCGGAAUCAACUCGUUAUUCUAGUGGUAAUGUUCCCAUAUGCAUUUAGGUAAGUUACCAGUGGCAGAAAGGUUAUUGCAGCUUCCUCCCAGUUCUAAGUUUUCAUUUGGUUCUGGUUGUCUGUUUUAAGUUUAUCGUUAGAUGAAUAGAUGCGUCAAAAACAUAUGAAAUUUGGAAGUUUAGAUUAUUUAGCUGAAAAAGCGUCUGCUUGUUAUCCUACCUUCA